AUGGCGACAUGGGGAUUGCCGAGGAUGGGGCCUGGGGGCACGGAGAUGGGGCGGCAGCGUCGGUGCGGUGGCUUCGUGGACUGUGUCAACGGUGGAGAGGCUGUGGAACUCCUGCUGGGCGUAGACACCCCGCUGGAGCCUGUUGUCGAGGAACUGCCCGGAGAUUGCCGUCCUUGCGGCGUAGGCGGAGGCGCGUGGCUUGAAGAUGUCAUUCCAAAUGUCCUUGGACACAGUGGAGUAAAGCCAAGAGAUAAUGCAAGAAUCGAUCUAGAGCCACUCCGGAUCGUCGAUCAUGGCGGUGGCAUCAACGGAGCCAUCGACAUGGGAGAUGAGGCCGAACUUUUGGAAUGUGAGCUCAAAGAAGGAGCGCCACUACCCGAAAUUACCAUCGUCCACAGAGAGGGUAACUGGGACGUGGCUGCGGAUGUUGAGGAGCACAAGGGUGGAGGCUGGGGGUGGAGCAGGGCCACAUCAACCCCAUGUUCCAGCUCGCCGGCCUGCUCCACGCGCGUGGGUUCGCCAUCACCGUCUUCCACACACCCACUUCAACGUGCCGGAUGCGUCCCAGGCUCCCAGUACCCCGCCUACGACUUCGUCCCAGUCCAGGACGACAGGAUGCCGGCGAACAGCCCGGACACGGUGCAGGUAACCGUGGAGCACAUGUUCGCCUUGAACCGCGCGUGCGAGGCGCCGUUCAGGGAGCGCCUGGCCGCGCUGCUCGAGCAGCAGCGGCACGCGCAGGAGGAGGACGUCGCGUGCCUGGUCGCCGACGCGCACCUGCUGACGCUCAUGGACGUGGCGCGUGGGCUCGGCGUGCCGACGCUCGUACUUCGCACCGGCGGCGCCGCGUGCUUCCUCUGGUUCAUGGCGUUCCCCAAGCUCUGCGGCAAGGGCUACCUGUCCGCUCAAGGUACACACCUGCGCAUUCAUUCAGUAGUACAUGAAAAAAAAACAGAGAAGGCAUGGAUGCCAACGUGUCCAAUCUCCAGUGGCAGAGUCGCAGCUGGACAAGCCGGUGAUGGAGCUGCCGCCGUACGCGUCCGGGACCUGCCGUCCGCCAGCGGAGCCACCCUCGGCCUAAUGCGGGAGCUGAUUUCGCGAGCGGUGACGGCCGUGAAGACCUCGUCGGGUCUCAUCAUCAACACGUUCGACGCGCUGGAGGCCGACGAGCUCGCGUCGCUCCGGCACGACCUCGCCGUCCCGGUGUUCGACAUCGGCCCGCUCUACGUGCACUCGCCGGCAGCCUCGAGCAGCCUGCUGCAGCAGGACCGAGGGUGCCUGGACUGGCUGGACGCGCAGGGCCCUGCGUCCGUGCUUUACGUCAGCUUCGGAAGCCUCGCCAGCAUGUCCGCCGCGGACCUCGUGGAGACGGCCUGGGGCAUCGCCAACAGCGGCCGCCCCUUCCUCUGGGUGCUCCGGCCAGGCCUCGUCCGCGGCGCGCCGCCAACGCAGCAGCCGCCGCUGCCUGACGGCUUCGACGCGGAGACGCGCAGGCGGGGCAUGGUGGUGAGCUGGGCGCCGCAGGAGGAGGUCCUGGCGCACCCUGCCGUGGGCGCGUUAUGGACGCACUGUGGCUGGAACUCCACGCUGGAGGGCGUGUGCGCCGGCGUGCCGAUGCUGUGCCGCCCGUGCUUCGGCGAUCAGAUGGGGAACGCGCGGUACGUGGAUCACGUGUGGCGGACCGGACUCUCGCUCGACGGCGAGCUCGAGAGGGGCAAGGUGGAGGCGGCAAUCUCGACGAUGAUGGGGUCAGGCGAGAGCGAGGCCGGCACCGAGCUGCGGGGGAGGGCACGGGAGCUCAGUAGAAGAGCGGCGGAGAGCGUGGCCAAGGCCGGAUCGUCCGACCUCAACGUCGACAAGCUGGUGAACCACAUCCUGUCCCUCUAG